AUGGACUUCAGCAGUGCCAAAAUCCUGCUCUCACAGGCAACGGUGCUGGCCAUUCAAGUUGUGUAUUGUGGACCUUGAGGCUACAAGCCCGAGUAUCUCCAGCUCAAGGAGAAGCUAGACCAUGAGUCCCCCGGAUGCCUGGACAUUUGUGACAAGGGGACUCCCAUCUCCGGGGUCUUUGAAGUAACAGUAGCAGGGAAGCUGGUUCACUCCCAGAAGAGAGGUGAUGGCUACGUGGACACAGAAGCAAGGUAGAGACUGUUAGCCGCCAGCAAAGCUGCCCUGACUCGGCAGGAUCCUGAGACCUCCUAGCAGCCGCCUUAUAACAGGAAGGACCGAAAUGUCUCAAAGACCUGUAGUCCUUCCUCGAUGCUCCUGCAGCCACCACGUCAGGCCAGAGAUCACCUCCCCAGAAUCCACCUGUGCACACACCCUGCCCUGCCCUUCUGCCCCCUUCCUCACCUCUCCCUGAAUUCCUCUGUGUCUCCCACCUACCCUUUUGCCUUGGUAUCCCUUCUGCAGGUCAGACUGCCAAAUGUUCCCAGUUGAAUAAAAGUUGGAUGAGGCAACUCAAAAAAAAAAUGUGUAAUAAUAUAUGUGAAAAGGGGGGAGGGGGCAUGAGACCUUGUGAGAUGGUUCAGUGGGUGAAGGUGCCUGCCUCCAAGCCUAACAACCCGAGUUCAAUCCCAGAAGAAAGCAACCAGUCAACAUCUAAGACAACUCAUCAACAUUGCAGGCACAGCCCCAACUCUUGCUUUCUCAAUGCUUCAUUAAAAUAGCCUCUACCUUCUGUGACAUAUGCCCAACAUGAUACGUGGUAAAAGCUUUUUAAAAAGAAAAGUCUUACGUUAUGUGUAAAGGUGUUUUGCCUGCAUGUGCACCUGUGUACCACAUGCAUGCCUGGUGUCUGUAGAGAGAGAGGAGAUUGUCGGAUUGCUUGGAACCAGAGCUACCGACAGUUAUGAGCCACUGAGAACCUGAAACUGGGUCUUCUGAGAGAGCAGCAAGUUCUCCUGACCUCUGAGCCAUCUCUCCAGCCCUGUAGAAGCCUCUGUAAUGGCCUCUCAGCUUUAUUCCCCACUCCUGCCCCAGUAUCAAUUAAUUUUAAUUGGUUAUUCUUGGGCCUAUCAACAAAUUUUAGAAGGUACUACAAUAAAAUUUUAAAAGGGAAUUAUCCUAAGCAAAGAUGGAAAUUUCAGAAAUCCAUGCAAUUCAUUUUCUUUCUUUUUUUU